UCUGUUCUUUUCAUUACAGUCACAAAUGGUCUACAGAGAUUUUCAGAGCAACCAAAAUACACAGAAGUAAAUCCAAAUCAGGAUGCUUUACUUGUAUGUAAAGUCAUUGACAGACGAGGCACAUGUUCGUGGCAAAAGGAUAAUAAACCAGUAGGAAUGUACCCAAAAAAAUAUGAGUGGGCCAGUGGUGGUACAAAUACAAUGGGAAUGCAGUCACACUCGGGUGAUUGUUCGAUAUGGAUUCGUGCAGCAACCCUUGAAUUUGACGAUGGGUUUUGGGAGUGCCAAGUUACAGCAAGUGAUUUUACAACACAGGAUGCAUUAACAAGUCAACCUGUUAGAUUAGUUGUACGAGUCGCUCCACAAAAACCAAAACUUGAGCACGAAGGACAACACAUUUUGCCAGGUAACAAUGUCACAGCAGAUUCUGGUGCUACAGCAACGGUAAAAUGUGUGUCGCAUUACGGUAAUCCACCUGCUGUCCUCAAAUGGUUUCUUGGGGAUCAAGAAAUAGCACCAUUACAUCCGCAAACGAAUGCGACAGAGCCUGAUAAUCCUAGAACAUGGUCAGCUGCAUCUGUUGUGCAAAUACCAGCAACAAAGGAACGUCACGGAAUUCCACUUAAAUGUUUAGCAUUUCAUGAAUAUUAUUCGGCACGAACGGUCGGCGUUGAAGCACGAAUGGAUGUUAGAUAUGCUCCCACAAUAAAAUUGCUCGGUGCACCACAAAUUGAUUUAGAAGAGGGAAAGGAUAAUCUAAUACUGAGAUGUGAGGCUGAUGCUAAUCCACCAGCAAGUAUUGUGUGGAGAAGAGCAGGAAGGUCAGAAAUUGCAAGUUUAUCAGAAAGUCUCCAACUGAGACCUGUUGGACGUCGUGAUAGUGGACUGUAUACAUGCCAGGCUCAAAAUAGUGUUGGCACUUCAGAUCAACUGUCAGUGCAAUUGGAUAUAAAAUAUCCACCAAGAAUUUUAUCAGCUGGACCAGAUCGUCUUACAACAGCACCAUUAUUCACACCAGCUGUCUUUGAAUGCGUUGCAGAGGGAAAUCCUACACCAACAUACAAAUGGGUACAAAGAAUUCCAUCACAAGGCAGUGCAUGGCUUGAGAGAGGUCUCGAGUCACGUCUCGUGAUUGAUAAUGUAACAUACGAUUAUCAAGGAGAGUAUGAGUGUCGCGCCACUAAUUAUAUUAAUGGCCAACAACGUUCAACGACAUCCGACCCAAUUUCAUUGCAAGUUGUAGGCGCACCACAAGUAUUAAGGCCGGAUUCAUCGGGCUAUCAUGUAUCUGUGAAACGUGGAGAUUCGGCAUCACUAACAUUAGUCGUAUGUGCUGAUCCAAGACCGAGACACGUAGCUUGGGAAUGGGGCUCAUUAAGGCUAGAAGCUGGUGCCGGAAUAGGUCGUUUUAAAGUAGAUGAAGUUUUACAAGAUAAACGUGAAGACUGCUACAUAGCCACACUCCAUAUCAAUCAAGCAGACAUACAAGAUGCGCGACCAUACUAUUUGGUAGUUGAAAAUGAGCGUGGCACAGACCGACACUCAAUCUCUUUAAAGGUUGAGGGAAUUUUUUCAGAACCACUCGAACUGAGUUACUUACUUGGCAUUGCCGUUGGAAGUCUAGCAGCUUUACUUAUUUUAUUAUGCUGGUGCAUUUAUGCAAUUCGAGCCAAGAAAUGUUGUUUCAAAAAUCGAAACAACUAUAAAACAGCUGAAAAAGAUAGUGAAAAGGCUGAUUUGAAACCACACAGUGAUAUAGGAGUGCCGCAUCUUGAUUCAAUUUACACAACGCCAACAACAGGCUUCCAUCAUCACCAUACAGGCAAUGGAUUACAUCAGGGAUCGCCCGAAGCAAUGAAAGUAAGAAUGGCUGCGAUGGUACUAUCACCACCAACACGAGUUUAG